GGAGUCAGAAUGGAUUCGGUACUUCCUGCUUACAAGAAGAACGCCAAGAAAUUCCGGCUGUUAACUAAAACGUUGCUUGCGUGCCAAACCGUUUCACUCCGAAGAGACAGACGGGGGCACAGAGACAGAAUGUCUUUGAUGGAGCAUAGGGUAGUCCGGCCAGUUACAGCGGUGGCGUGGACCUCCAACACCGGCACCUGCCCCAAAGAUUUCACACUGAUCAGCAUCACAGAAGACGGAGUGGCAGCGAACUUUACUCGCAGCUUUGCCAUGAAAGCUGGAUAUUACCUCUGUUACAGCAAGAACUUGACAGCUGGUAUGGUAGUGUCGGACAUUCAGCUGAUCUCAGACAAGGAGUCUAUUCCUCCCGGUUACUGCUAUAUAGCAGAGCACCUCGAAGCAAAGGCCUCCGUUUCGAAGAAGAAACGUGUGUGUGUCCGCGUCGUCCCAGUGGGCAGUGUGGACACAGCUGUGUUGGAUGUCAAAGUGACUGCCAAAAGCAAAAUGAUGUUGCAGCACUACACAUGUGUGGGAGACGUCCACGGCUACGUGUUGUGGUGCAGAAAGGGACUUUUUUCCAGCCCCAUGCCUCAAGCGAAGCCCCGCAGCGUCAGCCUGGACAUCCGCAGUAUCCCAUUGGACCAGCCGUCUGCUCUUCUGCCCCUUCGACCCAGCAACCCCCCUCACCCACUGCCACAAAACAAACUGAGUCAGCGACGCCACAGCCUCAAAAGCAAGGAAAACUCGGACAAAGGUGCUGACGGCAGCAUGCAUGGGAUCACAGCUUUAGAUGGAGUUCCCUUCAGCCUUCACCCAAAGUUCAAUAUCCAGGCAAGCAGCGCGGCUCUUCAGCUGAACUCUCAAUUAAACAACAUUCGUAUAAAGUCACUUCAAGACAUUGAAAAUGAGUAUAACUACACUUUUGCGGUGGAGGAAUCUGCUGCGAAGAGAACCAGACCAUCAGUGCCAACAGGAGGCGCCCAAACAGCUCAGUGAUCGUUGAACUUUGACAAAGCAACAAUAUCAGACUUGUGUGUUUUGCUCGGUGCAAAAGGCGUUCAGCAUGACACCUCCCAUCAUGGUACGGAGGAAGGAUGACCUCACCUACAUGUACACUGUAGGCUUCUAAUGUUAGGCUUGACAAUCGUACUUCUGAGGGUUUCCCCUUGCGUUCCUUUUUAUUUGUCUAUCAUGCCAUGUCUAUACUCCGUUACCGUCUUCAAGCAUUCCAAGUUUCUAUUUGCCAAAGGAAAGGCCUGUUUGAAUGAAAUCAUACUUGUAAUGAUGUUUGGAUUGUUACACCGUUAAAGAAGACUUUUUUUCGUGCUCAAUUUCAGAAUUUAGUCUAAUUGUAUGCUUUAAAAAAGAAAUGCUUUAUCACAUCACAAAGAUGCACUUGCCCUUUAGGAUGUCUGCUGCUUGCUCUGUUGAAUGUUACCUGAUAUCCUUCAGUGCUACGCAUCUUUUAAUCGUUUGAAUCAUAAUCUCUUAAGCGGAGCUGUAAUGUUGGUGCAUACGUCUAACUAAGCUCAAUAGAUACACGAACAUAUCUAAAUGUAGGAUAUAAUGUAUUUCUUGUUUGAAGAAAUACACUUCUACUACUACAGGUUUGUAUUAUUCCAGGAAUGCAUAAUAUAUCCUAUUUUCAGGUGAAUGGAGGAAGGUUGUAUAUUUAGCUCUGUGUGUUCGUCAUACUUACGAUAUGUGGGGAAAAAGGGGAGAGAAUAUGGUUGUUGUUUUUUAACUAUAAGGCGGAAUAAGGAACAGAUAUUUAUCUUUGACAUUGUACAAUAUAUAAAGACAUGUUGUUUUAUUGUCUGCGUAGUAAACUUUUAUUGCAUGGAAAAAAUAAAAGCAAAGAAACACUA